AGAGAGACAGAGCAUGAAUGGGGGAGGGGCAGAGAGAGAGGGAGACACAGAAUCGGAAACAGGCUCCAGGCUCCGAGCCAUCAGCCCAGAGCCUGACGCGGGGCUCGAACUCCCAGACCGCGAGAUCGUGACCUGGCUGAAGUCGGACGCUUAACCGACUGCGCCACCCAGGCGCCCCUCUCACUUUCUUUUUAAGAGAAGAAAUGAUUGCUGGUUAAAUAAUAGAAAGUUGCUUCUAACUGGAGUGUUGGUAAAACCAGAAAUAAGGUAGAUACCCUAAAACAUGGACUUGUCCAAAUUCUUCAUUCCUUGUCUACCCCACUCUUACCACUUGGAGAGUGGUCUCUAGUCAGGCCCCUCAGAACCAACCACUGAUCUUGUUGGGAACAAGAAUCUUCAGCAUCCGGAGCUCUAGGUGGUUUUGAAUGCAGAUGUAGAUCCUGUUGUGUAGGUAGGAAUUCACACCAGAAGACCCCGGUACCAGAAACAAAGGUCGUGAGACCGACACGCUUCUGUAACAGUGCUGCUCUUCCAAGAAAGCAUUGCUUUCUACAUUCGUUUUGGGUCAUACGUCGGUUGCUGCUAACCACAGUUGGAACUGAAAAGUGUUUGCUUAAAUCCUGCCGGUUUUAAGGGGUGUUGUGAAAGGUGCUGUACUUCGUCUGUAGUGGUUUUAGAACAUUCUGUUGCUGCUUUCGUGACUGAUGGCUACACUGAUAAAAGAAAGUGAGAAGAAAAAAAUAGAGGUUUCUGCCUAGAACUUUUCUCCUGGUCUUCCCAUUUUUAUUACUUUCUAAUCCCUGCUCUUUUUUUUUUUUUUUGGUCUCUAGAUAAUUCACUUCAGAAGUGACUUUUUAGAAGACCUCUCAGCAGUCAUGACACCCUCCAGCCACCCCCCGCCCACCCUUUGACAGUAGUGUUUCCUCAAAUUGUUAGUAUGUUCUUUUAGACUGUUUUGUUUUCAUUUUGAUCUUUUGUUAGCCUUCCUAAAAUGAUCUUUGUAGUUUAAACUCCACCUCCAACCCUAGAAAUGGCAUAAUUAAACUGUGUUAUGACAGUUGACCUACUGAAUGUUAGCAGCUAAAGGAGACUUCACUGCUCAUUUUUGGCAGCUUGAGGGAGACCAGUAACUCCCAGCCUUUAUAUCAACAAGGACUUCAGUAUCUUUCCACCCCUUCCCAUGGUUCCAUAAGUUGGAAGUGUUUUUUUUUUUAACCAGAAGAACUAUAUGUAUUAAGUAAUAUUUUCUUUUUCCAUUUUUUUUUAACCAAGGGCCUAUACCUGGGUCUGAAGUCAAAACAUUAAGUUUGAUUUUUCAGAUGGUUGAUAUUUAUUAACCUGUGUACAAUAGACAAUUCCGUUAACAUUUUUAAAAAAUAAAAAAUAAUAGAAAAUCCCCAUUCCAUGCUCUUUCUCUCACCUGUCUCCCUCCAUCCAUCCCCCUUAAAGACUUGGCGAAUCUCAAGCUGAGUCUAUGAUCUAUACCUCGGGAGUGUGUAGUUUUAUAAGCAAGUUUUUUUUAAUGGAAAAAGAUAUUUUAAAAUACAAAAAUGAAUUUUUAGGGGUGCCUGUGUGGCUCAGUCAGUUAAGUGUCUGACUCUUGGUUUUGGCUCAGGUCAUGAUCUCACAGUUCGUGAGCUCGAGCCCCGCAUCAGGCUCUGUGCUGACAGCGUCGGAGCCGGCUUGGGAUUCCCUCUCUUUCCUCUGCUCCUCCCCUGCUUACGCAUGAGCACAUACUCUCUCUCUCAAAUAAAUAAACUUAAAUUUAAAAAUCUUAAAAAAGGAAUUUUUAUUAAGAUGUGUGCCAACUCCCUCCCCCAUUUGAGGGGAAAGUAAUAGAUAAUCUUUCUUGUUGCCAUUCUUAGCUCUGUGAUACCACCUGUCUUUUCCUGGGGAUCCAAGAUUAUGAAUUACCACCUUUUUUAGCUGUAUUACCAAGAGGCCUUUCCUGUUCCUCUCCCCUCAUCUCCACUGGUGUUUCUUGUUGGCUUUGUGCCUUCUGAGCUAUCUGUCGUCUGUUUCUCACAGUGAAUUGGGAGUCCUGUAAGGGCACGGGUGUCCCCCAUUCAUCUCUGUGUCCCCUGUGCUCAGGAGCAGUGCCCGCCCAACACAGAUGGAUGGGGGCGAGGCAUUGCAGCCUCCUUAGAAUGUGUGCUGGGCUCUGUCCGGAAUACUCGGCGCGCAUUCGAGUUUUCUGUUUAAUACCCACAACAGAGUUAAGAGGAAGUGCGUUAUUGCUACUGUGCCCAUUGAACAGUGGAGAAACACGUUUAAAUCACUUGGCUAAAGUCAUACCACUUUGUGUUUAUUUAGUAACUUUUUAUCUCUUUCCUUUGGCCUUAGGAUGGAAAAGUAAAAUCAUUCCAAGACAGUAGAAUAAGAAGAGAAAUUAAAAGUCUGGAAAAUAAAUAAAUGGCAUAAGCGGCCCCAUGAAUAAUCAGGUUGUCCCAGUGAGAGGGUCAUUUGCCCUUUCUAAAACUUUGCCCCCCUGACCCCACUGCUGUUCUCGUCUAGUUUAGAUCCUUUGCCUGAUGUCACUUAGCUUUGCAGACUACUUAUUUUUCCACAUUUCUCAAAUAUUCAGCAUCUGUAUGUUCAGAAAUUAUUGGAUCUCUGACCGGAAGCAGUGGAAACAGUAUAUAUAUUUAUGUUACUUUUCUUCUUUUACUCUUCUGAUCGUGCACCACUUCCUAGCAAGUGGAGUGUGUGAGUUCGCUUGGAGAAAUGAUCCUGCAGAGAACCUUUCCAAAGAAUUGGACUUCCUUGUUACUGUUGAGGUUGAUAUUUAACAGAAAGUUUUCUUUAACCUGAUAAGAACUUGGGGUAAUUAUUAGUUGGUAUUUAUAUUAUUGCUUAUGCUUUUAAAACAUAAGCUUUGUGUAGUUGCACUGUCAGAUAUCAUCUCCAAUUUAGCAUAGAGAAAAAGUAAAAAGCUAAAAAAACAAACUAGUUUAUUCACAGUUGAAAUACGAGAUGGUAGAAGAAAUAAUGUGACCAGAUUCAUUUUAUACAAAUUGUUGUUUUGUAGGAUUUAUAUGGAAAGACGAAUUUAGUGUGUCUCAAAUACAUGUGUAUUAAUGGUUAGGCUUGGUUAUAGCAGUAACCUCAGACAUUGUCAAUAUUUGAACAACAGAAGAAAGUUUUUAUUUUAACUACCCUGAUUUUUAUUUUUAUGCAUUUUUAUUGCGAGCCAUUUAAAAUCCCUUUCCCUUCUUCGGAGAAGGAGAUAGCCAAAAAUAAAAUAACACAAAAUAAAAUAAACGAACCAAAAAAAAAAAAAUGUGGUGUGUUUCCCUCCUUGUGUACUGAACAUCAUUGAAAAGGUGAGUUUGCUUUAUCGUGAGUUUCUAGAAUAUAACUGCUUUGUGAAAUGAGGGAGGGGCACUGCGUUAAAGGAGAAUAAAUGUAAUUGCCACUUGUUCACAGUAGUGGCUUGGGAGUUGGGGCAGGUGACCCCCCAAAAUAGCAGGUUCAGGUUGUUCAAAGAGGGUUUAAGUUAACUAUCAACUAGGUAAAUUUCCUUUGAAAUUCCUACUAAGUUACAACUAGAAUUGGGAUUAUAAAUUCUUCUCACCAGAGGUUUAAAGAGCAGGUGCAGCUAGCCACCAUUAUGCAGAUUGUUGGACUUUGCACGGGGAUGGCCCUCUGCAUUCCAAGAUCAAGGUAAAGAAAUGUGGGUCAGUGAGUGGAGCCAGCUUGCUGUCCUGGGGCGGUAGGUCACAUAAUCCAUGCAUCCUAUAACAAUGCCAGGCAGACCUCUUAGGGACACUGCAGAGCUUAAGGUUCAGACUGAAUGCUCUUUAGGUCUCUUUCAUUCUUACAUAUGUAUUGUUUUAAUUUUAGUAGAUUUUUCCAUCUGUUUCACUUAUUUCCACUGAGGCAUCCUUAGUAAAAUUUAUCGUAUACAUACAUAAAAGUCACAGGUGUUUAUAAUUUUGGGUUUCUGCCUUAUUGCCUUCUUUGUUUAGUUUGGACCAAGGAAAAGAUAUUUUAUUAACAGAUUAUAAUUCUGCUGGAAAAUAAUAUGGAUCCUUCAUUAGUUUGAGUGUUUAAGGUUAAGUGAAAAUAGCAGUUGAGUAUUAACAGAUGUGGUGACAAAGUCCACGUGGCUUGCCUCUCCAUUCUUUGUGGUGGCCUUUUUCUGGUAGAAAGCUUCUUGAAUUCAUCAUCUCUUGUUAUAUGAAUGUUUAUGUAGCAUGUCUAUACUUUAGUUUCUGGAAUGAAUGAAUGAUUUGUGCUAUCCUUCCUAAAUGGAGUCCUCCUUUUUUCAUUUGAAAAGCCAUCAUUUUUCCAACUGAUUGAUAUUUGGAGUCUGGGAGUGAUCCUUUUCAUGUUGGUGUGUGGACAGCCACCCUUUCAAGAGGCCAAUGACAGUGAGACAUUGACCAUGAUCAUGGAUUGCAAAUAUACAGUACCAUCCCAUGUGUCCAAAGAGUGUAAAGACCUGAUCACACGGAUGCUACAGAGAGAUCCCAAGAGAAGGGCCUCCUUGGAAGAGAUUGAGAAUCAUCCUUGGCUUCAAGGAGUGGACCCUUCGCCAGCCACAAAGUAUAACAUCCCCCUUGUGUCAUACAAAAACCUCUCGGAGGAGGAACACAACAGCAUCAUUCAGCGCAUGGUGCUCGGGGACAUAGCGGACCGAGACGCCAUUGUGGAAGCCCUGGAAACCAACAGGUACAACCACAUCACGGCCACAUACUUUCUGCUUGCUGAAAGGAUCCUGAGGGAGAAACAAGAGAAAGAAAUACAAACCAGAUCUGCAAGCCCUAGCAAUAUCAAGGCCCAGUUUAGGCAGUCGUGGCCAACCAAGAUCGACGUGCCCCAGGACCUGGAGGAUGAUCUCACGGCCACUCCUCUGUCCCACGGGACCGUCCCUCAGUCUCCUGCUCGGGCUGCCGACGGCGUCCUCAACGGCCACAGGAGCAAAGGCCUGUGUGACUCGGCCAAGAAAGACGACCUCCCCGAGUUGGCCGGACCGGCGCUCUCCACGGUGUCCCCUGCGAGCUUGAAGCCCACGGCCGGCGGGCGCAAGUGCCUGUUCCGGGUGGAGGAGGACGAAGAGGAAGAUGAGGAGGACAAGAAGCCCGUGUCCCUCUCGACGCAGGUGGUUCUGCGCCGGAAGCCCUCGGUCACCAACCGGCUGACGUCGAGGAAGAGCGCGCCCGUCCUCAACCAGAUCUUUGAGGAAGGGGAGUCCGACGACGAGUUCGACAUGGAUGAGAACCUGCCUCCCAAGCUGAGCCGGCUGAAGAUGAACAUCGCCUCCCCGGGCACCGUGCACAAGCGCUACCACCGCAGGAAAAGCCAGGGCCGCGGCUCCAGCUGCAGCAGCUCGGAGACCAGCGACGACGACUCCGAGAGCCGCCGGCGGCUGGACAAAGACGGCGGCUUCACCUACUCCUGGCACCGGCGGGAUAGCGGCGAGGGGCCCCCCGGGAGCGAGGGCGACGGCGGGGGCCAGGGCAAGCCGAGCGACGGCGGCGGCGGCGGCGCGGACAAGGCCAGCCCGAGCGAGAGCGGCGCGGGCGGCGGCAGCCCCGCGGGCGGCUCGGGGGGCAAGCCCGCGGGCACGUCGGGCAGCACGCGCCGCUGCGCCGGCCCCGGGCCCGGGGAGCUGGUCCAGAGCCUCAAACUCAUGAGCCUCUGCCUGGGCUCGCAGCUGCACGGCGGCGCCAGGUACAUUCUCGACCCGCAGGGCGGCUUGCCGUUCUCCAGCGUGAAGGUGCAGGAGAAGUCCACGUGGAAGAUGUGCAUCAGCUCGACGGGGGGCGCGGGGCCGGGCCCCGGCGCGGGCGGCGUCAAGUUUUUCUCCGACCACGUGGCCGACGGCGCCGCGGAGCUCGAACGGAUAAAGAGCAAGAACCUGAAAAACAACGUGCUCCAGCUACCUCUGUGCGAAAAGACCAUCUCUGUGAACAUCCAGCGGAACCCUAAGGACGGGCUGCUGUGCGCCUCCAGCCAGGCCAGCUGCUGCCACGUCAUCUGACCGCGGCCCCGCCGGCCCCUGGCACCCGCCCCCCGCCGCCCGCCGCCCGCCCAGAGCCGCCCGCCCAGAGCGGUGCGCCCCGGCCCGGCCCGCCCGCCCCUCCGGCCGCUCUCCGCGCUUCCUCCCUUCGAGGGGGCGUUCGGAGCAGUUAUUUAUUACCUUCGCGUUUGUUCGCCUGCCGACGUGACAAUGCAUGGUCUUCGUGCAUGCUGCUAGACACUGCUUUUCUUUUCCAGCCGAAAAGUCUCUUGUGUCAUUUUUACAUUUAUAAUUUUAAUGCGGAUGAUCAGGAUUAAAUUAAAAUGUACAUUUGGGACCUAAGAUACACGGAGCACUUAGAAAUUGGAUGUCCUGCACUUAAUCUAGAGAGAAAAAAUGCUUCUGUCUCCUUGGGAGAAACGUAAAUUCCCCUCCUGACCUUCUGCGAGAACGGAAACUCCGUGCCCUGAGGCACACGCCGUGCUGUCCGAGACCGAACCAAAGCAAUAACGUUGUGUUGCCGCCGGGCCUGGAGCCUGCGAGCGAGCGAGCGAGCGAGCGAGCGAGCGAGCGAGCGAGCGAGCAAGCGCGUGCGAGCCCCGCCUCCCGAGGCCCGAGCCCCGCCUCCCGAGGCCCGUGAGGGGCGGAGUACAGCGAGCGUCUGCACUGAGAACCUUAAAACCAUGAUUUCAAUACACCCACACCUGUUUGUCUUAAGCUCUAGUGUGAAAACAAGGUUGGGCUCGUAAAAUUUAACUGAAAGAUUUUCUUGUUUUGUACUAGGUGAGAUAAAGUACUUAGAUUUAUAAGGCAGCUUCCCCCGUAGUGGUAAAUUACAAGCAGACAAUCUUAUUUUGUAACGUGAUGAAGUGAACUGAUGGUGUCUUAACUCUACUUAUAGAGUGUACGUCUGUCCAACAGAACAAAAAGAUGCUCGGUGUAAAUUCCUUCCCGUAGGGCACAUCCUAGGGUUUCCUUUAAAACCUUGUAGAUAGAAGAAACUGUAGGGCCUGAUAUGGAAGCAAAGGUGCACACAGAGUGUGGCAAAGUCAAAAGCCUAUAAAUUAAAAAAAAAAGAAAAAAUUACUGGGACGUGAUCUUUCGCAGUUUGGUAAUUCGGUGGUCUCUUCUGUUUUUUCCAUUCUUCUAUGUUCUCUGGCUGUCCAGUAAGCUACGAGAAUUGGCUGAUCAAAAAAUACACCUAUAAAAGAGUGAAAUUCACACGUACAGCAGACAAAACGCACAAAGCCUGCUUUGUGUUUUGUUGUUUUGGUUUUCUUCUUUUUUCCUUUUUCUUUUCUGGAGGUGUUUUCCACUUUGCCUUCCUGCCAAAACAGUAAUCGAAGAACUCUUGCUUUAAACUGUUCCUGUACAAAGACGACUUUUGACCAGAUAAUCCUCUUUCCUGGCGUCUUGUCUCAUAAGACGCACUAUAUUGCAGAUUGCUAACUUUGAGAGGGGCCGGAUGCCGCCUCUGCAAGCUGUGCCCCGGGGGGUCUUCAAAGCGGUGCUUAUCCACACCGGGGGUGGGAUGCGGUCGGGCCGGGGGUGAGGGGCCUUCCCACUCCCAGCAGCUUCCCUUCGUGUCUCUGAAGUGACCGUGGCUUUGUCCGCAGAGGGGGCAGAGCACCCAAGGACUGCAUUCCAUGGCUCUCGGCUCCUCCAAGUACACGCUGAUUCUGCUACUCACGAUGCGUAUAGUUUAGUCCGCACUAGGGAAUUUCACAGUAUACUUACUAAACUAAGUAAAGGUGAUACUUAAAAUACUUCUUUUACUUUCUAGACCUAGGCUAGAUAUGUUUUAAGCUACAGCUCUAGUUCAUUGUGAUAUUUAUAACUGAAAGCUACCAGAAAAGAUGUGUGGGUGAAGCCAUAGAACAUAUUUGCUUGAAAUUCUGAGCAGGGAUCUUAUAAAGGGCCAGAAAUAAGAUGUGUGGUUCACAUAGACAGUGAGCGUAACAUCUGUAUUAAACGUAGGAGAGAAGUUUCUAAAGGGCAUUGGCAAUAAACUCUUUGUUGCAGCUGUUUUCCAAGUAAUGUAAAUACUUCUUCCUGUGAUUAUGUAUAGCCUUGGAAUGGCACCUUUUAACUAACCCACGUGUGUUUGGUCUCCGAUGGUUUUUUAUAUUCCGACCUAUAUGUGGUGCUCACUCUAGGAGCGGCAGUGUUGACCGUUCAUGCUGCACAGCUGUAUCAUAGAGCCUUAUUAGUCGCGUGUGCUUGGUUGGCCCUCUGGGUGUACAGAGGUCAGUCUGAGUGGCGUCUUACUCACCUGUUCGUAAGUGAAUGACUGUGCAUGUGUUGUAUGUCAUAGUAUGUCGUCACAUAAAAGGGAGGGAGCAGAUAACCGUUACAUGAAGAUAAUAUUGGACCAAACUCUUUACUAGCUCUAAACAGUUUCUUGUACCCCUUAACCUGUCUUCAGAAGUGGCAUAGAGUUAUAGUAGUGUGUAAAUUAAAUAUUGUGGAAAAACAAUUAGUCUUGUAUUUUUCUGUACGUGUGUGUACAUAUAUUAUAUAUAUAUACACAUAUAUAUAUAUAUAAAAUUAUGUACUUCUGGCAAUUCUAUCUGUAUUUAAAGAUGUGACAAUCUCGACACCGAUCUUAAGAAUAGCCGUGAGACUGAAUCGAAGUAAGGGUCUCCCUACCAAGUAAGAACCGAUGUGUGUUAAGAGGGUACAGAAUCAUCAGCUGAUUUGCUCGGUUGCUUCCACUGCUGGUGGAUUUUCCUCAUUGUGUAAACAUUGACAGGUAUGUGACUGAUGGGAAGAAACAAUCCAAAUAAUAAAGUGGCAUAUUGGUGUUCAGCAAUAUAA